UUGUUUUGUCAUUCUACUGUGUAGUAAAAUAAACAAGAUUUUGAGAAUCCGAAGUGAUUAAAAUAUGAAUAGUUUCUCAUUAAUUGCAGGAAAUUAAAAUUCAGAUAUUCGUGAAGAUAUUUACUGCUAGUGUCUCAUCUUUUAUUGUUGACAGAAAUGGAUGAUUUCAACGAACAAGGAACUGAAAUUUUCAGCCAUCACGGAGUAAUACUUCGUAGUGUGAAUGCAAAGGAAGGCGAUGAUGGCUUCUGUAAUGGUACACUCAGCAUUGUGCAAUACAGUUUUGGCAAGUGCAUCGAAUGGAAGCCGAUCGAAGUGUCGGAGGUAUCAGACUGCCCGGAACAGGAUUGGUCUCUUGUUACAACCGUCGGCCAACGAGCUCGUACAUUCAGCACUAACAGUGGUCCAUCAGUGUCUCGGAUAAUCAGGAAUCCGUUCCAUCACAGACGCCAUAGAUCAAGACGUCAUCACCAUAAAAGAUUUUAUCAAUUUGAUAAUCACAUUGGGAGCUAUGAUGGACAGACGAGGUUGAAGCCGGUUCGUAUCGAGAUUAGAGAACUGAAGGCUUAUCAGGUGAAGAAGCACGGGAGAUAUUUGGUGCUUAUGCAGGCAGACGGCUCGUCACUCAACGCCUUCCACUUCCAGUACGGCAAUGCAGACUGCUUCGUCAGUGCGAUGCGAGCGAUAGUACGCACUCGCAGAUCCGCAAGGGAUCGCAACUUAUACAUCGUCUUGGCAGAACGAAAUGAGGCGGAAUCAUUGAACCACUCUUUUGCCGAACUGAACCUCUUUUCAGAAGCUCCGACAGAUGUUGUUUGGAAGUUUAUGUCAAACUUGAAACACCGACCUUAUGAAACAACGAUGGAAACGUUUUCAAAACUUACGGAUGUGUUUUUGUACAAGCAUCCUGAGCAGCGGCCGGAAGAUGAGGUGGUGGACUUGCUGAACCGCAGCCUCAGCUCCGGGGAGAUGUUGAGCGGAGUGGUGGAGGGAGAAGAGGACUACCAGAUGAUCCCCUCCCUGCCCCCUCGUCCAACCAUUACAAGAGGACCGCCACUCACAGCCGAGCAGUGGGCGCAGGCCAAGGACGAGGAAGGAGUGAUAACAGACCCUGACUGGGUCAAGGACAAAGUGUUCAGAGGCGGUAUCAGCCCCUCACUGCGUCACGACGUGUGGAAGUACCUGCUGGGCUACUACCCGUGGCACGCAACCACUGCGGAACUGCGGGAAUUACGAAAGCAGAAGGUGGAGGAAUACUUUCGCAUGAAGUUGCAGUGGCGCAGCAUGUCUAUGGGACAAGAGGAGAGGUUCUCCGACUAUCGGGACCGCAAAAGUCUCAUUGAAAAAGACGUAAACCGAACAGACAGAACUCAUCCGUUCUUUGAAGGAGAGAACAACUCCAACCUUGCCCUCCUGUAUGACAUACUGAUGACCUACGUCAUGUACAACUUUGACCUCGGUUACGUACAAGGCAUGAGUGAUCUGUUGUCUCCGAUACUUAUCUUGCUGUCCAACGAGGUAGACGCAUUCUGGUGUUUUGUGGGCCUCAUGGACAGAGUUUAUAGGAACUUUGACAUGGACCAGGCAGGCAUGAAGAAGCAGUUGUCACAGUUACACAGUCUGCUGGGAGCGGCUGAACCAGAGCUGGCUGGCUAUCUGGACCGUCAUGACUCAGGCAACAUGUUCUUCUGUUUCCGUUGGCUGCUGGUGCUCUUCAAACGAGAGUUCACCUAUGAUGACAUCCUAGUGCUAUGGGAGACUAUAUUCACUGAUCUACCCUGUCCGAAUUUUCACUUGCUGCUGUGUGUGGCUAUUUUGGACUGUGAAAAAGACAUUCUCAUCGAGAACAAAUACCAGUUCAAUGAGAUUUUAAAGCACGUCAACGACCUGUCAAUGAAGAUUGACUUGGAGGAGAUCGUGUGUCGGGCAGAAUCCAUCUACCACCAGCUAGCUGCGACAAAGGAGUUGCCCCGCAAUGUCAAGAGAACCAUCGGACUGGCCCCGCCUAGCUCCAGCGGAGACUCUACAGAGGACGAGGCGGAACUUUCGGAACACGACUGUGAGACUGUCCAUAUACAAGACACGACAGGUGAAGACGCGUUUGAACGCUCCAUCAAUCUCAACUAUCACUAAGGGUCAAAUCUUUGGGCAAGUUUGUUCAAUUGGAAUUAAAAUUGUGAUUUAGUGGUUUGAUUUAAUGUAAAAAAAUCUAAUCUAUACUUUUUUGUCAAGAUGGAAAAACUUUAUUGAGUAGCUGAUGAAACAAGAGCGGCAGAAAUAUUAGGCAUCCGUGACCGUGCAUGAAUUGAAAUCAGUAUGAAAAUCAGUUAUGGCCAGGGAUGGCCAAAGUCAACAUUUCAGUAUAAGAAUCGAAUGGUUUCAAUUCAGGCAAUUCUAGUUACAACUAAUUAGUCCAGGAAACCCAACCCUACAUGAGAUGCAUUUGAAACUGGAGUUUCUUAUUAUUUUUAACUGGACUGUAACAAGUCUGCACUAUAAGGCAGAUAUCAGGGGAAUCUCCUUUGGGAUUCCUAUGCACUUCAUAUACAAAGUUAUUGGUUUUGUUUUAACCAAGUUAGUAAGUUAAUUAUUUAUCUACUAUAUAGGCUAUGUGUUGAUCUUAUCUCUACUAUGUGGCUUUUAAUGUUGUAAUUUUAAAACAUCACUAUUCUACGUUUUAUACAAUUAUAAUAAUUUUAGUCGAAAGUAAAAAUAGUACCAAACAUUGAUUAGGCUAGGCCUAUUUCACCAUAAGGACUGCUUUAUGGAAUACACAGGAUUAGAUAAAAAGGUAAUUUUAAUUUUAUAAUAUUAUUGUCUUCUUUAGUUUUAAAAUGUUAAUACAACGAAUACAAAUAUACAGUGUGUAGCCUAAAUUAAGGAUUGAAACAAAUCUGUAUUUUUAAAAUCGAAAUAGGUAGAAAUAUUCUGUCUGUGGAGUUCGAUUCUUAACAAACGUUCCGCAAUUUUUUACACCAAAAAAAUUGUUUAACCCCCCUAACAAGGUAUGGGGUAGGGGGUGACUUAUUUUUUGUAAAUAGCAACCCCUAUUGAGUGACCCCUCAUUUUGAAGGGCUUGUCAAAAGAAACACAAUGACGCAAACCCGAGGUGAAUACCUCACCCCUAGCCAAAAUGGCAGGCAUUCCAAAAUGGGUGCUUUUUCACAUAAAUCAAAUAUUGGAAUACCCGCCAUUUGGGCUAGGGAUGAAAUAUCUACCUUGGAUUUGCGCCAUUGUAUUUCUUUUGACAAAUCCUUCAAAAUGAGGGGUCACUAAAUAGGGGUUGUUAUUAAAAAAAAUAAAUCACCCUCACUCCCUACCCUGUUAAAGGGGUUAUAAAAUAUGGUUGAAUAAAAAAAAUGCGGAACCUAUGUUAACAAUCAAUUCCACUAACAGAAUAUUUCUAUCUAUUUCGGUUUUAAAAAUACAGAUUUGUUUCCAUAUUUGUGAAAUUGGUGCUUUUUUACAUACAGUUAAUAAAAUUUUGGAAUAUCUGUCAUUUUGGCUAGGGGUGAGAUAUCCACCUCGGGUUUGCAUCAUUGUGUUUAUUUUGACAAAUCCUUCAAAAUGAGGGGGUCACUCAAUAGGGGUUGCUGUUUGAAAAAAAUAAGUCACCCCCUACCCCGUUAGGGGGUUAAAAAAAAUUUUAGAUGUGAAAAAUUACGGAACCUUAGAUUUGUUUCAACUUAAUUUUUCACACUGUAUAACCUUGCUUCCAAUGGCUUUUGUUGAACUGUUUUAAGUUGUUCUUUGGUGAAACUAUUUUUUUCUAGUUAGGUAAAGAUUUAAUUUGUCUAUGAUUUGGAAUAGCUUUGGUGAUGUCUUACAUAGAUAUAGAUUAUGUUAAAAGCAUAUUAUUGUUUGUUUUUAAAGAUAUUUAUUUUCAGUUAUUUAUAAAUUUCUUAUUUUUGUUGCAGAAUGUACGUGAGUUGAAAUCUUGAACUGAAUUUGAUUGUUUGUGCAAGUUAAAAUGUAAUUUUAAUUUGUUACUGUCAACGAAAAGACUUGAGUUUUAAAGUAGUUUUAACACAGGUAAUUUUAUUUAGCUGGUAAGGUUUGAUGAGAAAUUUAACUCAAGCCUAUGGCUGAAUGUAAACUUUUUUUAGAGACAGGCAAGACUGGUAUAAUUUUGAUACAUUUUACAAGUUUGGGGUCCAACAAGUUUUUUGUUGACCAUCUUUCUUCAGAUUCAAACAUUAUUAUUUGAAUCGAUGGAAAUUUUAACAGCAAGAGAUGAACUUGAUGAAAUUAUUCAUACUUUUUCAGAGAAAUCAAAUUUCGCUUAAAACUAAAUUUAAAAAAAGACUGGCCCUAAAAAUUAAUUUUUAAAUAAUUAAAAUAUUAAAUAUUGAAAACUAGUUUUGCCAUACCUAAAAAGACAAAGAUUUACUGGUUCAUCUGUGUUUAUGACCACACACUAUGCACUAUUUUUAUUUUAUAACCAAGUGGAACAAAUGUGUCUUACCAACUUUGAGCAUAAUGCAAAAAAUGCUUGUGUAGAUUCUUUUUAUUAAUUUCUGAACCCCAAAUUAUUUUUUUAGAAAGAUCAUCAAAGUAUGUCUAGCACUUAAAAAUUCCUAUGAAUCAAACUUUGAAAUUGAACAAUUUUUACCACAUUACGGUUUGUUUUAAGUGUAUAUAUUUGUUUGUAUUUUUGUUAAUAUCUAAUAUAUAUCAAGAUAUGAAGUUAUUUUCUUUAUCAUAUUCCUAUUUUAUUGUUACCUAUUUCAUUGGUGUGUAUAUUGAUGUAUAUAAUUGACAGAAUAUUUUUAUAUGGUAUUGAGUGCUCCUGAAUUAUCUUUGUAGUCUUAAGAAUAAAUGUUGUCAAUAGCACGGGGGCCUUGAUCGUACUAUUUCAUAUGAGAACUUUGAAAUAAACAAUUUGUAGACUGAA